AUGACAGACUACACCUACUACAGUUCGUCCGCUUCCAAAGGCUUCACCUUCCUGAUACCUUACCAUGUCCAAGCCAUCUUUGUCAGUACUACGAAGAAGUUACCUUCCGCCGCCCGCCCCGUGUACCGCGAGUAUUUUGGCGACAUCAUGGCAUGUCGAGAUCGAGCCCGAGACUCCGCCGAGGGGAUGCUAGCGUUCGUGAAUGAGGACUUUCCGGAGAUUUCGAGGGACCAUAAUCGACUAGCGAAUCUGAUGAAUGCGGAGAUUGACAAGCAGAGGAAGGAGGUGUCGGUCAAAAUACCAAUUACUGGGGACGGAACGAUGGCGGGGGAAGAUGAAGACGAUAAACCGUUGGCGGAGUUGGACAAGAAGAAGCAGAGUCCCACCGAGUCAGGCAAGAAAGCGACAUUGAAAGCUGUGUCAGAGGCCGCCGCGGAGGCGACAGUGCGCGAAGAGCCCUCUGAAACAGCUUCUCCUCCGACUGUGGCAAAUACAGAGCUUGUUCGGCCAACUCUGGGCCAAGGCCCAGGCCCUGCGACAUCUCCGACGCGUCCAACAGGCGGAGACCGUGAAGAUUCCGAAGUAGACGAAGAAGACAGCGAGAUGAGCGUCAUAUUGCUCGACACAUCAGAGCCUUGGAACGAUUCGCUUUGGCCACACGGUACCUGGAUCGAUGGUCUAGAAGUCAUCGAUGCGCUUCCAUGGGGGCAGCCAAGCCGACCAGAUCAUAUCGCCCCGGACGGCCAGUCUCCCCACAACGAGCCACAACAUGCCGCGGCUAAUCCUCAUUCCUCUUAA